AUGCCUAAACCGUUGACGUUAGAUGAGAUUGCCGAGGAGUUGCUGGCUGAGGAAGACCCAGGUGAUAUUAUUUUAUUUCCUCCUGAUGAUGGCGUGGUGACUGACGAAGACAGUGGAGAUGAAAACGAAGCUAAUAUUCUUCAUCUUCCGAGUCGUAUGCUUCGAUCUCAAGUAGAGCUACAAAAUAGACCCUCCACUUCUGGAGAAAAUCGCAUGAAUGACCUGGAAGAAGAAGAAAUCGACGUGCCUGCACCGAAGAAAAAAAAAGAAAAAAGUUGCGGCAAAGGAGACCAUGAUGAAGAAGUUUUUACUAACUCUCAGGAAGUGAUGAGUGCCGUCGAGUGUUUCGAAUUGCUCUAUAAUGACGACAUAAUAAAAUUCAUAGUUGAUAUGAGCAAUUUGUAUGCUUUACAGAGAAAUCACACUCUGAAUGUAACUUGUGAUGAAAUUAGAGUGUACAUUGCAAUACUGCUACUUACAGGAUAUUUGACUCCAAAGUAUAUGAGAAUGUUAUGGGAAGUAAAAAGUGACACGCAUAAUGACCUAGUAGCAUCUAGCAUAAGGCGGAAUAGAUUUUUUGAAAUUCAGCAAUAUCUUCAUCUUUCUGACAGUACUUCCUUGCCGCCUAACGACAAAUUUGCUAAAGUUCGAGAAUAUUUUACAAAACUGAAUGUAAAUUUCACUGCUCAUUUCAAAAAAGCAGGUUCUUCACACAUUUCCAUAGAUGAAACUAUAGUACCAUACUUUGGAAAGCACGGUACCAAACAACAUAUCCACGGAAAACCGAUAAGGUUCGGUUACAAGCUCUAG